AUGGCUUCCGCAACGGCAACAACCACAGAACAGCCCCUCCUGGACGCCGACCUGGCAGCGUCCAUAGCCAGCGUCGACCGGCACGGCUACCUCUUCGGCCAGAAGAUCACACAUUCCCUCUCGCCGCUGUUCCACUCCACAAUCUACCAGGAGCUCGGCCUGCGCUGGGAGCAGUUCCGGCUCGACUCGUCCGACAUCCCGCGCUUCCUGCGGCUGAUGCGCGACCCGGGCUUCUACGGCGCGUCCGUCACCAUGCCCAACAAGGUCGCCAUCAUGCCGCACCUCGACCACCUGACCGACGAGUGCCGCGACGUGGGCGCCUGCAACACCGUCUUCCUGCGGCCCGACCCCACCGUGCCCGGCGGCCGCCUCUACUGCGGCGCCAACACCGACGUCAUCGGCGUCCGCGAGAGCUUCCUCCGCAACGUCGCCGAUCCGGACGCCGUGAUCCGCGACCGGCCCGCGCUGGUCCUGGGCGGCGGCGGCGCCGCCAGGAGCGCCGUCUACGCCCUCCGCCGCUGGCUGGGCGUGCGCGACAUCUACAUGGUCAACCGCGACGCGCGCGAGGUUGAGGACGUCGUGGCCGACUGCACCGCCCGCGGCUACGGGCAGGGGCUGGUCCACGUCUCGUCGGUCGAGCAGGCCACCCGUCUCGAGUCGCCCGGCGCCAUGGUGCUCUGCGUCCCAGACUUUGCGCCAAAGACGGCCGAGGAGGACCUCGCCCGCGAGAUCAUGGAGGUGUUUUUCGCAAAGGAGAGGAAGGGCGCCAUUCUGGAGAUGUGCUACAACCCGACACCGUACACACAGCUGUGGGCGCUGGCCGAGGGUCAGGGCUGGCAGGUCAUUUUGGGUACCGAGGCGCUCAUCUACCAGGGCUUGGAGCAGGACAAGUACUGGACUGGAAAGGAGGUCGAUGAUUUGCCGGUACAAAAGGUGACCGAGGUGAUUGCGUCUAAACUUGGGCAGAAACCAAAGCUCCUGCGCUCUCAACCUCUUGGCCAUAAACUCCACCGCCACGGCGUACCCAUCAACGCCCAUGCCGCAAAUGACGGCGACAGCCUUGUCGCUCAGGUAGCUGUGGUGCCGAAACUGCUCCCUGGCGUGCACGUUGGAGACGUGCAGCUCGACGAACUGCGCGCCGACGCCGAGCAGCGCGUCGCGGAUGGCGACGCUGGUGUGCGUGAAGGCGCCCGGGUUGAUGACGACGCCGGCCAGCGGCAGGUCGCGUCGCAGCGCGUGGAUGGCGUCGACGAUGGCGCCCUCGUGGUUCGACUGCACGUGGCGCAGGUUGACGUCGAGCGACGAGGCGAGGUCGACGCAGCGCGAUUCGACCUCGGGGAGGGUCGUCGAGCCGUAGAUUUGGGGCUCGCGCGUGCCCAGGAGGUUGAGGUUUGGGCCGUUGAGGAGGAGGAU